AUGAAUUAUAUCCUAGAAAUACCUGAACUACUUGAAGCUAUCUUUGCCUUUCUCAGUCGGAAAGAUCUUUAUAGGAGUUGUGCCAGAGUAAAUCAUCAAUGGAAUGCUGUAUCUAAGCUUAUUAUUCGGAAAAAGAGAAAAGCUGAGUUUAUUAGUAUUCCUGGCAUUCGUGAUAAUAUUAUUUUUCACCUAUAUGAUGAUCACCUCAGUUUAACCGAAAUUGUUAACUAUUGCAAGGACCAUGAACUAAACAGGUACUAUCAGGAUAUCUAUUCAUUUUAUGAACUAAGGGAUGAAUUUCAUAGACUGGCCAGAGUUUGCCGGUCCUAUGACUAUAAGCCAAAUACUGAGGACGAAUUUCGUAGGAUAUCCAGAGUUUUUCAGUCUAUUAGACAUUAA